AGCUAUGAUGGCUGCUGUGAAACUGAAAGUAAAAACUUUUUAUUGACAAUUGAGAAUUUUAUUAACAAGAGCCACUUACUGAUUCAUUCUGGAGAGGAACUAAGCUGUAAUUACAAUGUAAAACCACCAGGUGUCAUCAACAUAAUAACUAUAAUAGACAGAACAGUUACCUUGAGAGUAGCUCUGAGCUUCAACUGAGUAUAGGACACAGAGUCUCAGAGGAGGUGCAAAUCACAAGAGCAUCUACAGAUAAUGCAUCUAUCUUGACUCCACAACACAUCAUUUUGGACCAUCUAGUGAGGCCUCUGUUGAGUGUCAUAUUUUUAUAAUACAGCCUGGCAAAAAAGCAGCUGCUGGGGGCGGAUUCCCUACUAUUUGUGCCUCCCACAGGAACAACAUGAGCUGGGCUUUUAAUUGGACUAAGCUUCAGGGGUAGAGGAGAGCUUUUUGUGGAGUUUAUCUGCAGAUUUAGAGUUCUUAAAGAACAGUUCCCAGGACAGCCAUUCUUCAAGCUGUUUCCAAUGCUAUAACCAAGAGCUAGUACUGAAAAAGCAGGAUGAAAAUAUGGCAGUCCUGCUGUUACCACCGGGUCCUGAUAGUUUCCGCCGGUUCACCCCAGAAUCAUUGGCUGCAAUCGAGAAACGUAUUGCUGAGGAACAGGCCAGGAGCGCUAAGCAAGAGUAUAGAGAAGAGAAUGAGACAGAGGAAAAGCCGGUGCCGCAUCCUGACUUGGAGGCCGGCAAGCAACUUCCCAGGAUUUAUGGGGACUUCCCUUCACAGCUCGUUGGAGUGCCCUUGGAGGACUUUGACCCAUACUACAGAAACAAAAAGACCUUUAUAGUACUCAACAAAGGAAAGACGUUCUUCAGAUUUAGUGCCACACCUGCUUUGUAUAUAAUUAGUCCUUUCCAUCCUAUCAGAAGAGCUGCAAUCAAAAUUUUGGUACAUUCAUUGUUCAGUAUGUUUAUUAUGUGCACUAUUCUCACAAACUGCGUAUUCAUGGCAAUGCCUGACUCUGGGACAUGGAGCAAGCAUGUUGAGUACACGUUCACUGGCAUAUAUACUUUUGAAUCAUUGAUAAAAAUAUUGGCAAGAGGAUUCUGUUUGAAAGAAUUCACUUUUCUCCGGGACCCAUGGAACUGGUUGGAUUUCAGUGUUAUCGUUAUGGCAUAUGUAACUGAGGUUGUGGACCUGGGCAAUAUCUCUGCAUUAAGAACCUUCAGAGUACUCCGAGCAUUGAAAACUAUCUCGGUCAUUCCAGGGCUGAAGACAAUAGUAGGCGCUCUCAUCCAGUCGGUGAGAAAACUUGCAGAUGUCAUGAUCCUUACGGUUUUCUGCCUGAGCGUCUUUGCGCUAAUAGGGCUCCAGCUUUUUAUGGGCCAUUUAAAGCAAAAAUGUGUUAAAAAUUUUACUGAAUAUAACAACAGCAUAUCGGGUACUCUGUAUUGGGGGAAUGAAACCAAUAGCACGUAUGGCUCGUGGGAUUCCUAUGAAGCUUUCGUUAGUGAUCCAAAUAAUAUCUACACAAUACCAGGUGCCAAAGAUGCUUUAAUUUGUGGGAACAGCAGUGAUGCUGGGAAGUGUCCUGCUGGAUUUGUUUGUGUGAAAACGGGGAAAAACCCAAAUUAUGGAUACACAAGCUUUGAUACUUUUGGCUGGGCUUUCCUGUCUCUAUUUCGCCUGAUGACACAAGACUACUGGGAGAACCUCUAUCAGCAGACUCUCAGAGCAGCAGGAAAAACCUAUAUGAUCUUUUUUGUGUUCGUCAUCUUCCUGGGAUCGUUUUAUCUGGUGAACUUAAUCUUAGCUGUGGUAGCCAUGGCCUAUGAGGAACAGAACCAAGCUACUAUAGCCGAAGCAGAAGCAAAAGAGAGGGAAUUCCAGCAAGCCAUGGAACAUCUAAAGAAAGAACAGGAGGCAUUAGUUGCCAAAGGACCUGACGCAGCCUCACACAGUUCCUGUGAAAUGUCACCUUUUAGCUCCAAAAGCGUCAAAGAAAGAAGAAAUCGUAGGAAGAAAAAGAAACCGUCUGAAUCGGAAGAGUACGGGGAAGAAACAAAAGUUCCUAGAGCCGAGUUUGAUGAAGACAGUUUACGGAAAAUGUCUCUACUUGGCAUCGGUUUUGGACCCAGUUCAGCUAAACGGAGGAUUAGUCAAGGGAGCAUAUUUAAUUUUCGGAUUCGUGGAAGAGACCUUUGUUCAGAGACAGAGUUUGCGGAUGAUGAAGUUAGCAACGCAAGUGAUGGUCAUAGAGGAUCCUUGCUGGUUCCAAGGCUUGGAAGACGCCAAAGUACACAGAGCCAAUCAAGCCACAGUUCAUUUCCUAAUACUCCUGGCUUCACACAGAAUGGCAAGAGAAAUAGCUCAGUCGAUUGUAAUGGUGUGGUGUCAUUGGUUGGAGGAGCAGGAACUUAUUCAAACCCAUCAUCUCCGGGAGGACUACUCCUGCCUGCAGUAAUAGUGGAAAAAUCUGGAGCAGAGGAAAAUAGCCCUUCAGAUUUAGAGAUGAGUAAGAUGCAACUUCUGAUGCCUCAUCGCCUCUCAGUGGAUUAUCCGGAUCAGCCGUUUCAGAGACAGAGAGCCGUCAGCGCAGUCAGUAUCCUCACGGAUGCCAUUGAAGAACUAGAGGAAUCACGUCAGAAAUGUCCUCCGUGUUGGAUGCAUUUUGCUGAAAGACACCUUAUUUGGGACUGUUGUACAUUGUGGCUUGAAAUUAAGAAAGGAGUGAAGUUUGUCGUCAUGGAUCCCUUUAUAGAUUUGGCGAUUACUAUUUGUAUUGUUCUAAAUACAGUUUUUAUGGCGCUUGAGCAUUACGACAUGACACCUGAGUUUAGCGACAUGCUAUCAGUGGGCAACUAUGUUUUCACUGGAAUUUUUACAGCUGAAAUGGUCUUCAAAAUAAUUGCCUUAGAUCCCUACUAUUAUUUCCAGCAGGGCUGGAAUAUUUUUGAUAGCAUCAUUGUCACCUUGAGUUUAAUGGAUGUGGGUCUUUCCAACAAAGGAAGUCUGUCUGUUUUGCGAUCAUUCCGACUGCUUCGAGUCUUCAAAUUGGCAAAAUCGUGGCCUACGUUAAAUACUCUCAUCAAAAUCAUUGGUAACUCAGUUGGGGCUCUAGGGAAUCUCACACUGGUUCUGGCCAUCAUUGUCUUUAUUUUUGCUGUUGUGGGAACACAGCUUUUUGGCAAAAACUAUUACGACUGUGUCUGUAAAAUCAACGAGGAUUGCAAGUUACCGCGAUGGCACAUGAAUGAUUUCUUCCACUCAUUCCUCAUUGUAUUCCGGGUUCUCUGUGGAGAAUGGAUUGAGACCAUGUGGGAUUGCAUGGAAGUAUCCGGCCAACCGUUAUGUAUUCUUGUGUUCAUGCUGGUAAUGGUAAUUGGAAACUUGGUGGUGCUGAACCUUUUCCUCGCUUUAUUGCUAAGCUCAUUCAGUGCUGAUAAUCUGAGUGCCCCAGAUGAAGAUGGAGAAAUGAACAAUCUACAGAUUGCUUUUGCUCGAAUCUACAGAGCAAUUGCCUUUGUAAAACGGACUAUCUUGGAUUUCUUUCGUAACUUAUUCAGGAAACCGGACAAAACGGGAGACACUUUUAUAUCUAAACCUUUCGAAAAUAACAGAAACAUCAACAAUAUCAAUUUGCACAAUCACAUUAAUAAUACUGGAAAAGAAAAAGAGGAUUACCGAGACGCGAAUAACGCCAAUGGAGGUAUUGCCAAAAAUGGUGAAAAAUAUGUGGUUAGCGACAAUGACGACUAUCUGGCCAACCCUCGCCUUUCUCUUUGUGUUCCUAUUGCAAUGGGGGAAUCUGAUGUGGAAUAUCAUGAGGAAGAUGAAAAUAGCAUCUUUACGGAUGUUGAGAUCACCAAAGAGAAGCCAGUUGACACUAUUUCAGAAUGCAGCACCGUGGAUCUGAGGAAUUCCCGGGAACUCAUCGAGCAGCAACCAGAGUCUUCAGAAGAUGCAAAGGAACCUGAGGAAUGCUUUACAGAAAGCUGUGUACGCCAUUUUCCGUGCUGCAACGUGGAUAUCAGUCAAGGAACUGGAAAAACUUGGUGGAGAUUGCGAAGAACUUGCUUCCAAAUUGUUGAACACAACUGGUUUGAAAGUUUCAUCAUUUUCAUGAUCCUUCUCAGCAGUGGUGCACUUGCAUUUGAAGAUAUUUACAUCGACCAAAAGAAAACAGUUAAAACCAUACUGGAAUAUGCAGACAAGGUGUUCACAUAUGUGUUUGUCCUGGAAAUGUUACUGAAAUGGGUGGCUUAUGGAUUCAAAAAAUACUUUACCAAUGCUUGGUGCUGGCUGGAUUUUUUCAUUGUUGAUGUAUCUUUAAUAAGCCUCAUAGCUACUGCCUUUGGAUUCUCCGACAUGGGUCCUAUUAAAUCUCUUAGGACCCUCAGGGCUCUGAGACCAUUAAGAGCAUUGUCACGUUUUGAAGGGAUGAGGGUUGUGGUGAAUGCCUUGAUUGGGGCCAUUCCAUCGAUCAUGAAUGUCCUUCUGGUCUGUUUGAUAUUCUGGCUAAUUUUUAGCAUUAUGGGAGUCAAUUUUUUUGCUGGAAAGUUUGGAAAAUGUAUUAAUGCCACAACCAAAGAACCUUUCUUACCAGAAAUAAUUUACAACAAAUCGCAGUGUGAUUUAAUGAGCAUCGAUCAAGGUUACUGGACAAUAUUAAAAGUCAACUUUGAUAACGUUGGAGCAGGUUACUUGGCUUUACUACAAGUGGCAACAUUUAAAGGGUGGACGGACAUCAUGUAUGCAGCAGUGGAUGCACGCCAGGAGCCCAACCUACAGCCCAGCUAUGAGGAGAACAAAUAUAUGUACUUAUACUUUGUGGUGUUCAUCAUCUUUGGCUCUUUCUUCACAUUAAAUCUUUUUAUUGGUGUAAUCAUUGACAAUUUUAACCAGCAGAAGAAAAAGAUAAGGGGACAGGACAUCUUCAUGACUGAGGAACAAAAAAAGUAUUAUAAUGCUAUGAAGAAGCUUGGAUCAAAGAAACCUCAAAAGCCCAUUCCUAGGCCAUUGAACAAGUUCCAGGGAUUUGUCUUUGAUGUUGUUACAAAACAAGCUUUCGACAUUAUCAUCAUGAUCCUGAUUUGCCUUAAUAUGGUCACCAUGAUGGUAGAAACCGAUGAUCAAAGUGAAGAUAUUGAAAAAUUGCUUUACAAAAUUAACUUGGCAUUUGUUGUCAUUUUCUCCGGAGAGUGUUUGCUAAAAAUCCUGGCUCUGAGAUAUUAUUUCUUUACCAUUGGCUGGAACAUCUUUGAUUUUGUUGUAGUGAUUCUUUCUGUUGUAGGUAUUGUACUUUCAGAUAUCAUUGAAAAAUACUUUGUGUCUCCAACACUGUUCAGGGUAAUACGUUUAGCUCGGAUUGGACGUAUUCUUCGACUUAUAAGAGGAGCAAAGGGGAUAAGAACUCUUCUGUUUGCCUUAAUGAUGUCCCUUCCUGCUCUUUUUAACAUUGGCCUUCUGCUCUUUCUUGUUAUGUUUAUAUAUGCCAUUUUUGGGAUGGCUAACUUUGCCUAUGUAAAAAUGGAAAGUGGCAUUGACGAUAUGUUCAACUUCCAAACAUUUGGGAACAGCAUGAUCUGUCUUUUUCAAAUAACAACAUCUGCUGGAUGGGAUGGCCUUCUUCGUCCAAUAUUGAAUAGCAAGCCUCCAGACUGUGAUCCGAAUAUAUCCAACCCUGGUAGCCUUACCACUGGAAACUGUGGAAACCCCUCUGUGGGAAUUGUAUUUUUUGUCACUUAUAUUAUCAUAUCAUUUCUUAUCGUUGUAAAUAUGUACAUUGCAAUCAUUUUAGAAAACUUCAGUGUUGCCACUGAAGAAAGUACUGAACCUUUAAGUGAAGAUGAUUUUGAGAUGUUUUAUGAAGUCUGGGAGAAGUUUGAUCCUGAAGCAACUCAGUUUAUUGCUUAUGAAGUUCUUUCAGAUUUUGCCGAUUCUCUUGCUGAUCCAUUGCGUAUACCAAAACCAAAUAAGAUUAAACUCAUAGCCAUGGAUCUCCCUAUGGUGAGUGGAGAUAGAAUUCACUGCCUGGAUAUUUUGUUUGCCUUUACAAAAAGAGUUCUUGGGGAAUCUGGAGAGAUGGAUACUCUUAAGAUACAAAUGGAAGAAAAAUUCAUGGCUGCCAAUCCGUCUAAAAUCUCUUAUGAACCAAUUACAACCACCCUAAGACGGAAACAAGAAGAAGUGUCUGCCUAUAUCAUCCAAAGAGCGUACAGGAGGCACUUGCUUUAUCGCUCCAUGAAACAGGCCUCAUUCCUAUACCGUCAUAGAUCAUGUGAUGGUAAUAUCAUUGAAGAAGAAGCUCCAGAGAAGGAGGGACUUAUUGCAUUUAUGAUGAACGAGAAUUAUGGGCGAAAUCUUGACAAAGUAGAAUCAUUGUCAUCAACUUCUUUUCCGCCAUCCUAUGAUAGUGUAACAAGAGCCACAAGUGACAGUAGCCAGUUUAAACGACAGGACUCUGCAAAAAACGAUGAAUCCACAGAUUGUACAAUAUGUGCAGAUAGAGAUAAGGAAUCAUUUGUUUAAUUAUUGUUCUUUUGAAUUGCUUUCUGAUAUUGUUUACAGAAUGUUAUAAUGUAAGUGCACAUUUCUGGCAACCUCCGUAAGAAAUUUAGUUGCGAAAUAAAAUCAAUGAACUUCUUCUAAUAACUACUGGGAUUGAUUGCUCUGCAAUUUUUGACUCUGUGAUCAUAAACUUUGAUUUAUAUUUCUAAAGAAAGAACAUAUUGCAGAGUAUCGAAAAAAAUAUCAGUGGUGUGAUUAUGAGUACGUCAAAGUGUAAAAGAGUAUUGCAGAUUAACUCUAUACACAGAAAAAGCCUGACUGUACACAUUCAUUUAUGGUCUUAUAUUGGUGUGUUUAGUAAGGGUAAUAUAUGACCUUGCAUUCUAAAUUAAAUCCAAAUAUCACAAGCUGCUGUAGCAAAAUGUAUACACCUACUGUAUAUGUCAUGAAUGGUCUUUCAUAAAUUUAUAUUUGAUAUUUUUUUUAUAUAAUAAAAUAAUGUUUCUCUUUUCCAUGGGGUGGGGGGAGCAGAUCUUUAUUUAACGGUCUGCAUUAUAAACGCUCAACCAAUGUAAUGCUAAUAAAAAUGGGGGGGAAAAAUGUUGGAUCUUGCUGCUGAAAAUUGUUACAAAAUAUUUGAACUGUUUAUUACAAGCUGACAUGUAAUUGCUUGGCAUGACUAAUGCAAAUAAAGCUUUUAAAACGGGGUCAA